AUGGAUAUUGCAUUACCGCAACUUCUUGCUAUCGAAGAUUAUGAUGAAAAUGAGGUUUGUGCUUUAUUUUUUUGUAUUCAUCCGUUCAGCUCUCUUUUGUUUCCUGUUUAGUCAUGCAUUUCUAACAACGUUUCUCCAUCAUCAUCAUCUUAUGUUUCAGAAAAUAAAUAAAUGUAUUGUUUCAGGGUAAAUUGGCUGCCUCGAUUCGAUGGCUUAUUUCACGGGUAUACGAAGAGAAACGAGAUAUGCCCGACAAAUUAAGGGAUGGUGUUCAGCGAGAUGAAAAUGUGAGCAUAAGCAAAUUGAAUUUGAAAAAUUCUGUUUUUUUCAGGGACAUUUUCAAAUCUCUGAAGCAGUUCUCAGCGCCUUAUGCAAUGGUUCUUUAUACGCUCAAGCUGCUGCAAAGAUUUUCAAGGAAUCUGUACUAGUCACAGUAAGUAUAUCAUUUCAUAAUAAGACUAUAAUAUAUAAAAAAUCAAUAAUUGUAGAAAUCACAUGGUGCUGUUCUAGCAGCUUUGACUGAUUAUGGAAUUGAUGUUUUGCAUAGAGCUGAAGAAGGUGGUGAACCUGUUGAAGAAGCACAAUUGAAAUCGAUGAAUCCAUUUAGUAUAGUGAGUUUUUAUUUCAAAAAAUUCGAUAAAAUUAGAUCAUAAAAUGAAAUAUUGCAGUCUGCACAUCUGUCAAUUAUUGAUGCCUUGAUGAUGGCUCAUUUAAGAGAUGUUGUUCCAGUUCAUCGUGUUGUUGAUGCUGUCAGGUAAUUUUUUUCUGAUAUUUAGAUUUAAUGGACAAUUUCAAAGUUUAGAAAUAAAUAAUUUAAAAAACUAAACCGUGUAAAUAUUAUUUUUUUUCGGAAAAGUACCGGUUUAUCAAAUUAUAUUAAUUAAAAAUCAUAACUACAUAUCUUCAUUUUAAAUAGCAUAUCUUCAUUUUAAAAUUUACCUAAACCUUUUUACGAGUAAUUUUACAAAUUUCAAAUAUAUUUUAGCCGUCACACCUGCGUGGAGCCUAGUGAAAAACCGAUCGAUAGUGUAGAUGCUCUUUUAUUCUGGAUCAACAAAAUGUGUUUAUUAGUUCGGGAUGAAGUUGAACGACAAGACGGCGAUAUUCAAAUACCGGAAAUGGAAGAUUUAUAUGAAGAUAUAUCUGAUGGACAAUGUCUUUGUGCACUUGUUAAUUGGUACAGAUCACAGGAAAUGCCAAUUUCGGAUAUCUCAUUUAGUGAAGCUGCCACAACACGAGAUUGUCAAUAUAAUUUGAUGCUUCUACAGUAAGUUUUAUCAUACCAAUAAUAAGAAAAAAAAAUUAACCACAAUUCCAGACAUUUUUGUCAUCAUCACCUUAUCAAUGAUCCGUUCCACUUUGAAAUUGAAGAUUUAUUAUACCUUCGCGAUUCGUUGCAAAUGAAUGUCAACGCAUUCUUAGCUGAUUUAUUUUUGCAUUUCGAACCGCCGAUGACACCUGAACCUGUUGAAGUUCCACGUGUUGGACCAUCACCAAGAAGAUUUGUGCCUGCAUCUGCAAUUCCGGAUUUGAGAGCUGCAAAUGCUAUGGCAAGAUCAUCAAUGAAUUCAAGAACUAGGCCAAAGGUUAUGGCUCAUACACAAAUGCAAUCACAAACACCAUCAAGAGCGACAAGUCGAAUGAGUCAGGAUAGUUUAUUAUAUUCUAGACCAGCCUCGAUUGCGAUACAUCGUAGAAGUAUGGAUCAAGAUCCAAAUAUCACUGACUUCCAACAAAUUCGCCAAGGUUUCGAAAACCAAGGAGGAGGAUCUGGAACUCUCAAUCGAUAUGAUGGAAGUGUUUCAUCCUCGGUUAGAUUGGCUAUGGAAGAAAAACGAAGAAAUCAUGAUAAACAAAUGGCUCAGAUGAAGUGAGUUCUAUUUCAUUUUUCUUCGAAAAUCUUGAAAUACAAUCGUUUUUUUUCAGUUCUGCAAAUGAAAGUGAAAGACUGGAAAAAAGCAAGGCUGCUUUCUUCGCUCUUCGAAAAAAUGAAGAGCCGCAGGUGCAAGGAAAUGGCAAAGAAGAAUGGUACGAUCGAUUCGAAGCCAAGCUCCGAGCAUUAGAAUUAAGAGUCGGGCUUGAUGACGAGGAAGGUCCUACAAAACUCAAUAGAGCUUUGUCUCAACCAAGUGUUGUUCAACAAACUCCUCAAGGUUAUAUGACUCUUCCAAUGAAUCAAGGCGGUCCAAUGACCCAGUCAUAUAUUCAACAUCCACAAUACGAUCCAUAUUAUGUGCAACAACAACAAGCACAAAUUCAAGGAAAUUAUGCAGCACCGUCACAGUUGCGAAGUAGUUUAAGUAACGGAAUGAUCAACCACGCUGGAGGAUAUAUGAUGCAACAAAUGUAUCCACCAGAGUAUCAGCAACAACAACAACAAAUGCCUCCACAGAUGCCAGUUGGUGCCUACACACCGGAGGGUUAUUUCAUUCCUCAACAUCAACUCCAGCAACUUCAAAACCCAUAUAUUCCUCAACAGCAACAACCAUCUCAACAGCAGAAUCCUUAUAUGCAACCACCAGGACAAUAUUUGCCAGAACCAUCAGCUCAUAAUGCAUUCCAUCUACACUCAAAAAGUGACGAUGCAACAAAUCAGCAAAUGGAUCCGGCACUUGAGAUUAAUCGAAAUCUUACGAAUUGGGGAAUGACUUACAAACAGGUAAAUUUUGUGAUUUGUGGGGAGAUUGAGAAAACAUUUCAGCCGACAAUUAAUUUUUGAUAGUGUUUUUUAAAAAUCAUUUCAUAAUUGUUCCAGGACCAACAACUCCAACAACAACAUCAAAUUCCCCCUCAAAUACCCCAACAAACCCCACAAAGGUCACAAAGACGAACAUGGCAAAAUGAAACAUUUAUCAAAAAUGAACUUGAUUUGGUAAAUAGCAAGGAAAUGGUUCCACACGUCACGGAUGAGGUAUGCAGCAAAAUGUUCUGAAUUUUUCUCAAGAUUGCAAUUUUUCAGACAACAACGCAACCCGAAGAAGCCAGAAAACUUCAAGAAAUUGUUGCAAAUGAUCACUAUGGAAAUCGAGAAACUUGUAAGUUUCAUUUUUGUUUUUGUUUAUGGAAUUCGACCUUGAGAGAGAGAGAGAGAGGUGACAGAAACACUUGAUUUAUGCGGAAUUUAUUAUUCUGUUAAUUUAUGUGCAUUUUUCUCAGAAAUUCCUCAAAAUUUUUUAAUCGGUUUUUAAGGCGACAAAAAGUUUCUUAUCAGUAACCCUUCCCAAACACUCUUUUUCAUUCAAUAACAAAACAUUCCAGCUCGUAUGCACAGCAAUAUGCAAGAAAUGGAUGAUUCAUCACGAAGAUCAGAUGAUAGUCAUCCAGAACUUGCUCAACCAAGUUUUGUUUUUGCUGAUGGAGAGGGAACCAAUGAAAAUGCGGAGAAAAUAGUGAGGCACAUUACUUUUGUUCUAAUUCAUUUUUCUUUUUUCUAGGCGAACGAACGAAGAAUUGCGAAAAAAGCCGCAUUGAUUGCAAAAACAAUGAAAAGAAAAGAAGAGAUUGAAACAAAAGUAGACAUGGCCGAACAGAGAAAUGCUGAGCGUCGACAACUUGAAAUGGAAAAGAAGGAGCUUGCACUUCAAAAGAAAAUUGAGAAAGAGCAACAACGGCAAAAAAUUUUGGAAGAGUACAAGCGGAAGAAAAUUGAGAAAGAAUUGGGUGCCGAAUUGUCGUCCGCAAGAUCAACUGGUGGAAGAGGACAUUCUCAGCCACCGUUUGUUAGAACAAAAUCACAAAUGAGUGAUGUCACUGAAUCAAGACAAAACACUCCAAGAAUUAGAGGACAAUCAUCGGUUGAACAACGUGUUUCAGUUAGCAGCUUAGCUGAACCAAGUAAGAUUCAUUUUUAAAAAGUUUUAAAAGUUAAAUAUUUUUUGAAAACUUAAAAUAGAAAUAAAAUUAAAAUCUGUAAUACAUUGGUAUACAUCACAUCUCUCAAAUUUUCAGCUCAUAAAUUGUACGCCAGAGCUGUGACUAAAUCCAAUCGAGGACUUAUCAACAAUGCUCUACAAUUCAGUGUUUUCCCGGGAGCUGUUAACAACACAACUAGACAAUCUGUAAGUGACUAUUUUUUUGAAUUUUCUCAAAUGACAAAUCAAUUUUAGACAAUAUCUCAAAUGGCCAGCUCACCCUCGAAACACUUCCUCAUAUUAUUCCGCGAUCAGAAAUGUCAAUAUCGUGGUUUAUACACUUGGGAUGAAAUAUCCGACACAGCCAUUAGAAUAUCCGGACAAGGUCCGCCGAAAUGUACAGAAGCCAUGAUGAGUAUGAUGUUCAAGUGAGCUUUUUCCCUAUAUUCUCUAUUUAAAAAAUCACAAGAUACUUUUCAUUUUCAAAUUAAUAAUCAAUGAACAAUAUUUCAGAUAUGAUUCUGGUGCCAAAAAUUUUACACACAUUGCCACAAAACACUUAUCAGCCACAAUUGAUGGAUUUGCCAUAUUGGAUCAAUACUGGCAAAAAACUCGUAUCCCACAUUCGGGGAAUGCAACACAUCGAAAUAAUUGA